GCCCCGCGAGACUUUGCUCCACGGACGCUCCGUGCCCUUUCGAAGGCCGCGAAGCAGUUCGGCCAGGGCCAGGUUGCCGAUGGCGUCAGGGCCGCGGUGGCGGCCGUUUGCGAGGGCACCUGUGAUGGUGGCUUCUCGAUGCGCGCCUUGAGUGCGCUGUGCCGCCAGAGGCUGCGGCUGGUGGUCGCUUUAGAGACGGCCUCGGUGUUGCUGGAGGCUCUGACGGUGUUGGUUUUGGGCGUGGUUUUGCAAGAGCUUGAGCUUGGGGAUUCUCUACCAUGGCUUGGCGACUUCGAUCAUGCAGCUUUGCGGGCGGUGCCCUUCGCGCUGUUCAUUUUCGGCCGCUGCUUUGAGCAGCUUGCGCAUCACAGGCGGCGGAAGCUCACGGAGCAGGUGGCGCUGGCGCUGCGGUCCCGGCUCUUCCAAGCGGCCAGCCGCGGGGGGCCACUGCCGUCGCCGGCGCUGAAGGAGGCGGUCGAGGCACUCACCACGCGCUGCAGGCUCCGUUUGGUGGCGCCCGUUUUGGGCGGCGCCUUGUCUGUGGCCUUCCUGGUGACGGCCACCAGCAUCGCGGCCGCGGCAGGAACCAGCAUGCUGCUCUUGGCCACGGCCCUGGAGGUCUUCUUGAAGCGGCGCGUGGCCAAGUGGGAGCAUGCCACUUCCAAGCUCCGACGCCGGAGGGAGGCCUUGUCUGACACGUUCUUCUUUGACAUGAAGUGCGCCUCCGCCACGGUGAAGAUCUUCGGCUGGGAGCAGUUGGCCUUCGGGCAGUUGGCCGAGCUCCGCAGCGAGGAGCGGCGCCUCCAGGACCGGACCCAAAGGCUCCAAAGCACCGCGUCGGCAGUGCAGUCUGUGGCCGGUAUCUGGGGCUGCCUGGCCUCGCUGGCCCUCUACUGGCUGGUCCUGGGGCCGCCGAGCCUGUGGAGAUGCUUCCAAGCGUUGGCAGCCUGCAGGCUGCUGGGGCGGCAGCUGCAGCAGGGCCUGGGCAUUCUGCUCAUCGCCUUCCCUGCGGCCGCUGCAACUCAAGCGCUCAAGGCGCCGAAGCUCCCACCAAAGCAGGGCACGCUGGCCUCCUACAAGACCUCGCGCCUUGCGGUGGCCGUGGAGGGCAUGCGCUUCUUUUGGCAGCGUGGCGAGGCUGCGCCGCCUUCGCCUCCCAAGCCAUCAGGGCUCACGGCCGCCAUGAAGGCGAAGAAGGUGGGGAACAGCCUGAGCCUGGUGGAUUCGGUGACCGACGAUGCCUCGGUGGCUGAGCGGGCGAAGCGAAGCGUGCAGGCGUCCACCGGCUUCGAUUUGAAGGUGUUGUCACUGCAGGUCAAACGAGGUUCGCAAGUAGCCCUGGUUGGAGCUGCCGGCUCUGGCAAGUCAACUCUCCUGGCAGGCUUGGCAGGAGGCUGCCAGUCCGAGCUUUGGGGAGAGGACAUGGAAGAGAACGGCAUCCUCCUCUCGGGAAGGCUCGCCUACGCGCCGCAACAGCCGGCCAUAUUGACGGGAAGCAGCAUCCGCGAGAAUGUGCUUUUCGGAUCCGUGUGGGACACGCACAGGUACGAGCAAGUCCUGGCAACGUCCACCCUGUCAGAGGACCUGUCGACAAUGCCACUGGGUGAUCGCAGCCUUCCAGACAAAUUGAGUGCCGCGGCUUUGCAAGCUAUGCAGUUGGCGCGCGCCCUGUACAUGGAGGCCGAGAUUUUGCUGCUGGACGAGCCUUUCCUCCAUAUGGAGCCGGACAGAGCGAAGCGUGCUCUCUCAAGCUUGGUGCGGAAGACCAAAGAUAGAACCUUGGUACUUGCAACGCAAGCGCUAUCGGUUCUUGGCCCGAUGGACAACAUCGUGGUCCUUCGAAACGGCACGGUCUUCGAACAGGGGGACUACAAGACAUUGGCCUCGAUGCCCACAGAGUUCAGCAGGCUGCUCCUCAUUGCCAAGGAGAAGGACAAGCGCUCUCGGGAAUCCACAUCUCGCGGCUUCUCCUGCCCGUACAUCUGCUACGAGGUGGCAUCCGAUCCGCUGCGUGAGCUGUACCCCUUGGAUGAAGAGUUUGGCACCUUCCCAACUUUCGGAUCUGGGUCCGUCUUGGAAGCAGGGCCGCGCAAGUGGGUGCCGGAUUCAACUGCCAGCAGCCAGCAACCGCCACCGCCUCCUGAGCCGAUGGCGAACCAGUUUGCUCCCACUGCCGUUCCAACUGGAUCCCCCGGCGCCGAAGACCCGCCUCCGAAGCGUUUGCCCUCCGCCUCCGCCGUGCCCGCCGUGGGCGCUUCCGAGGCGGGCGGCUUCCUGAACCGCGCGGCCGAAUCGCCCAAAGAAGUGCCCGAGCUGCCUGAAGAGGAGGGCAUUCCGCUACCCAAGACCAGCGCUGCAUCCAGAGAGGUUCUUGGGAUUCCUGGGCCCAUUGCUCCUCCCCGACCUGCGGAGGACGACGACGUCACGUCCCCUGAAGCGGCGUCUUCGCCCAGUGCGGAUGGGCUUCGACGGCGGAGUGCUGGGCCAGUGGACAGCGAGGCCCCGUCACCUUCCCCGGUACUACGUCCCGACGCCGAUCACUCCGCCCCGUUGCCUCAGCGCUUGGGGAAGCCCGAAGAGGAUGGCAAAGCGAAGCGCCGCCGCGGUGAGGAGCGAGGCGAGCGCGAGCGAGGCAAAGCCAGGGCUCCGGCUCCGGCCGCUUCGGAGAUGGAGGAGAAGCAGGGCUUCCUGAGCUACGGGAGCCGAAGCUCCAGCGGCUUCGAGCGCUUUGAGCGCCUGGGCGGCCGCCAAGAGGUCGGGUCCCUACCCAAAGGCCGCGGCAACGGCGUGCUCCUUUUGCUCGUGAAUAGUGGUCAUGCCUCUGCACUUCUGGUGGCUGUCCUCGUCCUCGGCAUGCUUGCAAACCUGUCUGUGCCCAUCGUUCUUAGCUACAUCGUUGCUGAGGUGCCAACCGAGUCAAGCGGAAACACCGACGCAGGCACAACAACUGCGUCUGCGAUGACAUCAACCUUGUCGGAGACUCUGCAAUCAACUUCAAGACCUCCCCCUGGCCCGGUUGUUCCUAGCUGGGAGCCUGGCACCACAGACAAUUCAGAGGUGGUGUGGAGAGGCUUCUCAAGCACAACGGAGGCCAGCCCCAUUGCGCCAACGCCAUCCACGACGUCCACAACGUCCGCGACCUCUGACGUCACGGUGAGCUUGCAGGGCCCUUCAGAGGAAUGGAGUCUGCGGAGCACAAACCACUUCUGUGCAGAGCCUGACCUCGGGCAAGAAACGCGGCCCCAGGGCAACUACGAGCUGGAUGCGACGGUAGGUUGGCACUGGUUGACGAAGCUCACGCUUGCGGCGUGCCAAAGGGCAUGCGAGGAUUUGGCUGAUUGGGCCUGUCGCUUCAUCUCUUGGGGCGGACCGGUCGGGUCGGAACGCUAUUGCUAUGUCCACCGCCACUGCAACUCCAUGAUGUCGGUGCCAACAUACCAGAUCUUGGAAGUGAAUCUCACAGAGAGCCCCAGGCGCUUGAACAGCUGGCGCUGGGCCCCACGGGCUCUGCGGCCUCUGGGGUCUCCGGCUCCAGGCGGAUGGCCAAGGUACGCCCGGCAGUUGCUGCAGGUGCAGAUCGGCGAUGGCGGGAUGAUGGCCUGGUUCUCCGAGAAUGCUGUGAAGGUUCUGCUGGCUGUGCUUUCCAUCCUCCUGCCGGUGCUGGCCCUCUCGCAGGCACGAUCCGCAGCCUCGGCAGCCCUCCAGGCCAGCCACCAGAGCUCUCAGCAGCAGCUCCGAGCUUUGCUGGCUGGGGCCGGCCCAGCUUCACCAGCUUCAGGAGACGGUGUCGUCAUGGCUGGAAACCUGAGCAAGGACGAGGACCUCGAGCUCGCAUCCUCCAAGCAGACACGGUACAGCUUCCUGCAAGAUGUAGCUGACGCUGACCACUUUUUGCCCUCAGCUCUUCCUCAUUGUGCCCUGGCGCUCACGCAAGUCCUGGCUGCGCUACUGUGCACAGCAGCGGCGUGCAGCCGUCAGGCAGUGCCGGCCGUGAUGCUCACCAUCCUCCUGGCGUCAUCGCUGUACUUUCACCACCGGCGUCUGUCCAUGGUGCAGCAGCUUCGUCGCUUUGCCAGCUGCAGCGAAGCAGCCGCCGCUUUGCGAGUCCUGCACCUCACCGAAUGCCACGAGGUCUUGUGUCUCCACGGCCACAUCGAAACUAUAUGGAAGGAGUAUGAGGCAUUCUGCCAAGAUGCCGCCCUGGCUGCCAUUGCAUCCGACGCUGCCGAGAGGUGGCUUUACAGUUGCAUUCACGGCUUGGUUGCCCUGCUUCUUGGGCUCCUCUCCUUUUCGGCCAUGACGCAGGCGCAGAGCCUCCCAAGCCGCUUGGGCUUCGCAGUGGCCGCGGCCUCUUUGGCCCAAGUGGCACUACUGCCGGAUGCCCUCAUCGAGCUGGUGAAGCACGGCGCUCGUCUCACGCACGGCUUGGCGGCGCUGCGUCGCAUGGCGCAGACCUACAAGGAGACCUCUCCGGAAGAGCUAGAGAGCCCGAUCCUGCUGGAGACCCCCGAGCUCGAAGACAAGCGCUCGGUCAUCACUCGAAGUGGCAAGGUGGCCCUGGGAGAUGUGAUGAUCGAAAACGAGACAGUCGGUGAAGUGGCGACAGCUAAGCCGCAGGCCCGGGGGCAGUCCGUCUCGCUUGCCGGCUUCCCGAUGGAGAAGGUUCCCGGCGACUGGCCCUACUUCGGGGCUGUGGAGUUCGAGAAGGUCACAGUGAGGUAUGGCCCAGGCUUCUCGCCGGCCCUUUCCAGCUGUUCGUUGGUGCUUCCGGCUGGGAAGGCACUGUUGGUCGUCGGCGCUCAAGGUUGCGGCAAGUCGUCGCUGCUCAAAGCCCUCCUUCGCUGCUGCCACAUCGAGUCGGGCCGCGUGGUGCUGGACGCCGUGGAUGUCCGGUCUGUGGGCUUAAGCACUCUGCGAGGCCGCGUCGGCGUAGUCCCGCAGGAGCUGUGCAUCUUCCGCGGCACUUGGAGACAGAAUCUGGAUCCCAUGCGCGAGUUUGAGGAGGAGGACCUGCGUCGAGUGCUGCGGCUGAUGCGCCUGGAGAACUUUACGUCUGAGCUGGAUGCUGCGGUCCCCCUGCAGGCAUUGGGGCCCUCCGCUGUCCUGCUGUGCCUGUGCCGCGCCAUGCUCCGGCUGCUCGAAGGGCGGUCCAAGCUGCUGCUCUUGGAUGCAGCCACCUGCCGCUUGACCUCAACCUCCGAUGCAGACCUGACCGCCAUCGUUCUACGAUACUGCCGUCGCCGUGGCGCAGCCGUGCUGCAGGUCAGCCGACGCCCACAGCAGGCGCCGCUCUACGACGAGGUCGCGGUGAUGGCCACGGGCCGCGUCGUGGAACAGGGCCCGGCAAAGAAACUUUGGGUCAAGGACGGGGCCCUUCGCCGCGUGGCCAAGGACCAAGGCUUGGAUUCCUCCAAGAUGACCAAGCCAGAUGCCGUUGCCGCGCGGCUCAUGCCGGUUUGGGGCUGGGAGGUCAGUCCUCAGGAGGAUCCGUCUUUCAGCGAUGAGUUUGCGGUGUCCAUGAAGAAGGCAGGGGCUCUUCAAGGAUGUUCAGGGCUCUCAGCUUCAGAGGAAACUCAAUCUUCAGAGCAGCUCCUUUUUGGAACGCCCAGGCGAAAGGUUGAGGCACCUCGCGAAGUUCGCAGCACCUUGGAGAGCCUCAGAUGCUUUCUUGAGACCUGUGUCCAACUAUGUCACUAUGCCAGACGAGUAGGGAAGGAAGACAAAGGCUGA